CCGUCGGUGGGAACGGAAUUCGAGCCCACCGUGGGUGGUGAGAGAAUCCGAAACCCGCGUCCAGCUGCCAGCAGAAAUAGACGAAAACGGGGUCCAGCAGCCACGCAGCUAUUUAAGGGACCACCCGGCAAAUAUCUUGGGACCAUAGAGCGAGUGAGGGAAGAAUAACGAGAGAGGGAAAAUGGGGCAGCUCUUCUCCUCCCCCGCCGCCGACGAGGGCAAUUCUCCCGUCGUCGCCAUCCACUCCGAGAAUGCCUGGAACGAUCAUUGGAAGUCCCACAAGGACUCCUCCAAGCUGAUGGUGAUCGAUUUCUCGGCGUCGUGGUGCGGGCCAUGCCGCUUCAUCGAGCCGGCCUUCAAGGCCAUGGCAGCCAAGUACACCGACGUGGUCUUUGUCAAGAUCGAUGUCGACGAGCUCUCGGAGGUGGCUCAGCAGUGGCAGGUGCAGGCGAUGCCGACGUUCGUGCUGGUGAAGGGAGGAAGCGAGGUGGGCAGGGUGGUGGGCGCGAAGAAGGACGAGCUCGAGAAGAAAAUCGAGCAGCUCAGGGCUUAGAAGGACAUGCCGAGGCUUUUAUGUAACCAUAUGAUAUAUAUUGUGGACUUUGCAGCCGACUCCCUUCUCCGUGAAUGUAAUAAUUCCUAUAUAAGUGAGAAUAAGAACUUUAUUGAGAUUAUCUA